AUGUCGCAGUCAUUUAACUUACUUUUAUUUGGUCGUCGGAAAAUUGCUGCUACAACUGGCUCAUCGCCUACACAUCAAACAUUGACUAAAGUUCGUUUUCGUAUUAUACGACAAGUAUUUAAUGAUCGACAACUAGUUUAUCGAAAUCGAGUUGAAGCAAAUCGACAAAAAUUUGUUUUAUCAACAAUCCAAAGUGAACAUAAACGCGAACAAUCAAUGCAGAGGCUACAAAAAGAAAAUAUAUUGACUGAUUUAAAACAAAAAAAAUCUGUUGUCGAUAGUGGUCUUAUAGUUUUACCGUCUUAUGAGCCAAUCGGUUUAGCUGAGCCAAAAGAUUUCUAUAGGUUUGGUGUACGAAUUCAUUCAGCCGGUCCUCAUGUUCGUUCACGUGCACGUGGUAUUCGUUCAGAUUUAACUCGAUCUAAUCGUGACAGUAAUCAAUCUCGUGCAAAAUCUGCAACAGUACGUCCUCAAUCAUAUACGGCACCUUUUCAAACGUUUGAUCAUCAUGAUACAUACAGUGACGACGAUGAUGAAGGAAUGCCAAUAUCUAAUUUACGUGUAACAUCAAGUAAAAGUUUGAAUGCUCGUUUACCAUUUGCUGUUGCCAAUGCAGAACCUGCUCAAAAUCCAUCUGAAUUACCUAUGGACAAUACUGGCGCAAUAGCAUCAAGUAUGCCAUCACUUAAUCAUCGUGUAACAUGGCCUGUUAGACUAAAAGUUUUCGCUCUGCAAAGUGAAGAUGACGCUCGUCAAGAAUUUUUAGCUUGGCGUACUGAACAUCGCAUUACCAAAAAGAAGGAAUCAUUAAAACCACAUUUUGAUUUUGAAGUCGACCGACAAUAUCUCGCAUCGAUUCGACGCCAAAAAGAAAUCGAAGCAUUCGUUACACCAGAUAUAAUUGAAGAACAUUUUAUUCAUGAUCCUAUAUUUGCUAAACGUUAUCGACAAUUGAAAUUAGCAGUUCGUUCUGGUAAAGUACCAAACUAUGAUCCAAAUGAUCGCGAAAUAAAAACAACAAUGACAAAAACAAAAAUCGAACGUGCACGAACAGCACUUAUUACAGCUAAACAAUUACAAUUGAAAACUUUUUAUAGAAAUCAACAAACAAUGAAUGAUGCUAUUUUAUCGAAACGUAUUGAAACUUUUCUAAAACAUCUUGCUAAAUUCAAGGAAGAGCAAAAACAAUAA